GUGAUGCGGCGGAUAGAUCCAACUACAGGCCGAUAUCGCUGGCGACGAUAGUGGCUAAGGUGCUGGACAGUUUGCUGGAUGCACAGCUAAGUAAAUCAAUUAAAAUACACGACGCUCAGUUCGGCUUUCAGCCUGAACUCUCUACGGAAAGCGCAAUCUUGUGCCUCAAGCAAACGGUGCGGUACUAUACCGACAGGAAAACUCCUGUUUAUGCCUGUUUUUUGGAUCUAUCCAAAGCAUUUGACCUAGUAGCUUACGACGUCUUGUGGCAUAAGCUCGAAAAGGAAUCAGCUUUGAGACCUGAACUGAUUUCAUUGUUUAAAUACUGGUAUGGUAACCAAACUAAUGUGGUUAGGUGGGGUAAUGAACUUAGUGACCCAUAUAAAAUGGAGUGUGGAGUGAGACAGGGAGGGCUGACGUCCCCUAGGCUGUUUAAUUUGUAUGUGAACCAGCUGAUUGAGAGGCUCGGUGGAGCUGGUGUCGGGUGUUCAAUAGAUGGCAUACGCAUGAAUAACCUUAGCUACGCCGACGACAUGGUUCUACUGAGCCCCUCAGUUGGGGGUCUUAAAAGGUUGCUGCAACUCUGUGAGGAGUAUGCAGAGAUGAAUGGACUCAGUUACAACGCCAAAAAAAGCGAGUUCCUUGUUUUCAGGGGAAAGAACAAACUAUCCAGCUUUAAACCAAAGAUACAAUUAUGUGGUAAUCCCCUGAAGCAAGUAACUGAGUUCAAGUAUCUCGGUCAUGUAGUAACCGACAGCCUGAGGGAUGAUAGUGACAUGGAACGAGAGCGCCGGGCUCUGUCGGUCCGAGGCAAUAUGUUAGCCCGCAGAUUUGCGCGCUGUACUGGGCAAGUAAAGCUGACCUUAUUCAGGGCUUACUGCCAGUCAUUCUACACGUGCAGUCUGUGGACGGACUACAGGCAGCGGACCUACAGUGCCUUGCGUGUUCAAUAUAACAAUGUGCUGAGAGCGGUGUUGAGGAAGCCUCGACACUGCAGUGCGUCGGCAAUGUUUGCGGAUGCUCGCGUGGAUGAUUUCUACGCGAUCAUGCGCAAGCGUGCCGCGUCCAUGAUGCGCAGGCUAAUGAGUAGUACCAACACUCUUCUCAGCGCAUUGGCCAGGAAACUAGAUAGUCCUCUCUGGAGGUGCUGGGGGGGUGCGCACAUAGGCGCCAAGAGGCUCCCUCGGGCUUUUUAGUUAUAGUUUUUAGUUAUAGAAUUAGUUGUUAAGCUAGA